AUGGGAGAAGGUCACGGACAUUCUGAUCCAGACCAUAACUUAAACACAUUGACAGGAUAUGGAAAUUUUAUGCCAGGGCAAGCUUGGCAAAGAUCAUUAGCCAAAGGUUCUGGACUCUUAAAUUAUCCUAGUGAACACGACUGCGGAGAUUCUGAGCUUUCACUCGACGAACUAAACCACAAAUUUGAAACUCUCAUCAAAUCUGACGAUCCAAAUUCAGCUUGCAACCCACUUAAAAUUCAAGAAUUUAAAUGUUUAUCAUCUAACAACUUCAAUAAGAACCCUGAACUGGCAUCAAUGCGAUGUGUAAAAUGGUAUAACGAAUGGAUGCAAUGUAAAUGGGAUGAGGAGAAACUUAAGUUCGGUUACAAUUAUAUAGAACCAAGAGCUCCUAGAAAAAGGAAAGCGUAUAUCGCAGCACCAAACUAUCAAUAUUCAUAA